AUGAUGAAGCUCUGGAGACAUCUCUGUCGCUUGAGCCCCCGAGCAUCUCAUGUCAAGUACGAACAGAUCCGCGAUGAAGAGCGCUUCGAAACAGAGUCAGAACUUCUGUGGAGGCGGCAGCGCACGAAUCGAUUGGUUGCAUGGCCAAGUAAAGCUGCAGUAUUCCUCUUCUUGGCAAACCUAGUGAUCGUCGGACUGCUGCUCCACACUCUCGAGCCUCUGAUCACUCUGCUGCACAGAAACGAAGAGCUUUUCAGCCCUCGGGUGGAUUUGCCUAGCCCUGAUAUCUCACAUGGUCGUAAUCGCACUGCCGGACUGAAUAAUAUACCACUCAUCUUGCACCAAACCACAGCGACGGAGACGAUUCCAGAUCACUGGAUCCGGUCGCAAAAGAGCUGCAAGCAAGCUUACUCGGAAUUUGAAUAUAAGCUGUGGACCGACGCUUCAGCUCGAGACUUUGUCGCCAAUCACUACCCAUGGUUUCUGGAUACUUUGGAUAACUACGCCUUUCCCAUUCAGCGUGCUGACUCGAUUCGCUAUUUUUUCUUGUAUCACUAUGGCGGUAUCUACCUGGAUAUGGAUACUUGGUGUAACCAGACCAUCCCAAUUCACAAACUCGGAUCCGGCUACGCGAAAGACUAUGCCCUCUUCAAGUCAACCUUACCAACGGGUAUCACGAAUGAUCUAUUGGUCGCGUCUGCGAGACAUCCAGUUUACGCCGCUGCAAUCGCCCAGCUACCCGUUUUUAAUGCCAUUACUCGGACCUGGGCUCGAUUGCAACCACACUGUGCGAUAAUGAUAUCUGCAGGCCCUAUGUUCUUGACAAUGGUGGUUAAAGAUUACUUGUUAGCGCAAUCCUCGUUGCCUUCGAAGACUGUAGGAGUCGUCAAUGCAACUGAGCUGGCGCCAUUCAUCACUGAUCUGGAAAGCAGCACUUGGCAUCGAGCGGAUACGAAGGUGCUGACGUGGAUUGGAGAUCGACCGUGGACGUGGUUCAGCACUGGAGCGAUAUGCCUCACAGCUGGCUUAUUUAUUUUCAAUCGCCUGUUUAUGUUCCUUCAUGGAAUUAUUCACAAGAACCCCUCUGGUAAUUCUAGCCCAAAAGUUUCCAAAGCAGCAUGA